AUGGCCACCGUCAAAGCAGUGGAGGCCCAGCCAUUGAGAUGCUACAAAUGCAUGAUGCUGGGCCACACUCGCGCGCUAUGCCCAGCGGAGGCAGAGAACGGGCGUCUCUGCUUCCGCUGCGGCAGUGAAGGGCAUAAGUCGGCAGAGUGCGAGGCCCCCUGCAAAUGCACCGUGUGUGCAACGACGGGGCGCCCACACUCACAUGUGAUGGGGGGUGCCAAGUGCACACCCCCGUCGGUGAAGGGCAAAGCCCCGUCGUCGAGCAGAGUGCCUCGCACUCAGCCCCAACCGCACGGCAGCCGUAUGGCUGAAGAGGAAGAAAUGCAGAUAUUUUAA